UAUAUAUAUUUGAUGAUGAUUCAGGAUCCAAGUGUCAAGGAAUUGGCUGAACAGAUAGCCCAAGAUCCUUCGUUCAACCAGAUAGCUGAGCAGCUUAAAAAGUCAUUUGAGGGUGCUGGAGCUGGUGAUGGAAUCCCGCAGGUUGAUCCCCAACAGUACUUUUCCAGUGUGCAACAAGUUAUGCAGAACCCUCAAUUUAUGACCAUGGCUGAACGACUUGGGAGUGCUUUGAUGCAGGAUCCAUCUAUGUCGCAAAUGCUCGAGAGCCUAAAUAAUCCAGCACAGCAAGACCAGCUUCAAGAACGAAUGUCACGUGUCAAAGAAGAUCCCACCUUGAAACCUAUUUUCGACGAAAUAGAAACUGGAGGUCCAGCUGCAAUGAUGAGGUACUGGAAUGACCCAAGUAUUCUCCAGAAGUUGGGUGAAGCAAUGGGUCUUCCUGUUUCAGGAGAUGCUGUAGCUUCUGCUGAAACGUCUGGACAAGAUGAGUCGGAUGAAGUAGGAAAUGAAGGUGAAUCCAUCGUUCACAACACUGCUAGUGUUGGCGAUGUCGAAGGUUUGAAGAAGGCACUAGCCUCUGGUGGUGAUAAGGAUGAAGAAGAUUCAGAAGGAAGGACAGCCUUGCAUUUUGCAUGUGGAUAUGGCGAGGUGAAAUGUGCUCAGGUCCUUCUGGAGGCAGGUGCCAAGGUGGACGCCCUUGAUAAGAACAAGAACACUGCUCUGCAUUAUGCAGCUGGUUACGGCAGGAAGGAGUGUGUGUCACUUCUGCUGGACCACGGGGCUGCCGUUACUCUCCAAAACAUGGACGGUAAAUCGCCAAUUGAUGUAGCCAAAUUGAACAACCAGCAGGAAGUGCUCAAGUUACUUGAGAAGGAUGCAUUUCUGUAAUUCUGUAAUUAAUUCGGAGGGCAUGCUACAUAACAAAUUUUU